CGUUACCAGCGGAGGUACAGCGGCGGUGCGCCGUGCGCUCCGGAGUCUCCAUAAAAGUUAGUGCGCACAGAGCUGAGCUGUCAGACUGGGGAGAGACGCGGCGGAGCAGAGACUGCAGACUCAAGUGAUUGAUCAGGAUCGAUCCCACUUUGAGAAAUUAAUACAUUCAUCUCCAGUGUGUGGUCUGAUCCUCUGGGUGACCAUCAGCCACCAAAGACGCACCAACAGGACGCAAUUAAAAGCUGAUUGAGUCCAAACAGGCUGCGGGUUGUUUCUGGACUAUCACGGAAUAAAAAGAGGGGAGCUUUGGAUGCGGGAGGAUCUCGGCUGUGCGGUGGAUGAGAUGCCCACGGUGCCGCGCCACAAGACGAAUACUCGUGUGUGAUUGUGACAAGGCUGUUUGAUUUCAUCCGGACAAAAACGAAGCACCACUCCCGUUUUUUUUCUUCUUCUCCUCGCCAAUCCAAAUGUCUCCACAUCACAGACACGCCACUGGAUUGUAGCAGCAGCCCCACCGAUGGUUUGAGAGGGCGUUAAGGUGCGGGAAGGGAGUGGGACAAUUACAGGAUGAGUGAGCGAUACACGCCGAUCGGAUGUAAAGGGGCUCUACUUGUAAUGGUGCUUGUGAUCAGUGUCUGGGAGAUGACCGUACCAACAGAAGGAGCUACAGCAGUGCACCAUGUCCGAACAGGCACCUGCGAGGUGGUGGCGUUGCAUCGCUGCUGCAACAAGAACAAAAUCGAGGAGCGGUCACAAACUGUGAAGUGCUCCUGCUUUCCCGGGCAAGUGGCCGGCACCACCAGAGCUGCCCCGUCCUGUGUAGAUGCCUCUAUAGUGGAGCAGAAGUGGUGGUGUCAGAUGCAUCCGUGCCUUGACGGGGAGGAAUGCAAAGUUCUUCCUGAUCUGAAGGGCUGGAGCUGUGCUACAGGGAACAAGAUCAAAACUACUAAGAUUUCUGCCGACAGAGACCAGCUUUGGUAACGUCAGAUGCUUCGCAGUGCAGUCCAGGUGAACCAACAGGUCCGGUCUUUGUCGGAUCAUCAAAAGAGAAGUAAUGCAAAGGACCUUUCUGUAAAUAGAGACUUCCUUUCUUCUGGACUGCAAUUAAUCUUUGAAAGAACUCUGAAUGCUUCUUCUUGAACUCUAUGGACAUCAAGCCCUGAUCAUUCAGCUCUUCUUUUUGGAGGACUCCAUAUGAUUAGCCUUAUGGGACCACAGGAUUUAUUCUCUGACAUUGUACUGCUUGUAGUGGGAUACAACGGUGAACUUUGCCUAUGUGUUGAUUUCUAGAGUAAUAUGUCCUCUACGGGGGAUUUGCAUCACAGGUUGACUGGAGAGAAUGGCAGGUCAGUGUGUUGUAAGCAUCGCAAAUAUUCAAUACAAAAUGUGAUUUUGUUUUCUCAGUCGAUUGUGGCUUUCUUCUCUAACAACGUGUAGUUUCAAAGGUUCAGAUAAAGAUUAAAAUACGUGGCUGAGCA